AUGAAUAUGUCAUCAAUUUUUGUUAGGUUUAUUCAAUUAACUAAAGACUUAUUAACUUUUGAAGCUGACCAGCCUAUUUCAAAACAGCAGUAUAUCAUAUUAGAAAGAAUAUCUUCUAAUAAUAUUAUAAAAUAUUAUAGAUGUAAACAUAGAAAUGGAUUACAACAAGUUUGUGUAAAAAUUUGUAGAAGAGAAAAGAGAUAUAGAUAUGAUGGACAAGAAGAAAUUCUUCAUGAAAUCAAUACGUUACGAAGAUUAAAAAAUCAAAAUAUUAUUCAUAUUCAACAAUACUUUAUUGGAAAAAGUUAUGCAGGAUAUGAAAUGGAAUUGAUGGAAGGUGGAAAUUUACAACAAUGGAUUGAGGUUCAUCAAUAUAUUCCUAUUGAAUUAUUUUGUAUUGUUUCAACUCAAUUAUUAAAAGCACUACAUUAUAUCCAUUCAAAUGAAAUAGUUCAUCGUGACAUCACAUUACAUUCAAUUCUUUUAACUACUCCAAAUAAUUUCAAUUCAUUGAAAUUAACUCAUUUUGAACAAUCAUUUAAUGUAAAUGAACCAAUAGUUGAUGAACAUAUAACAAUUGAUUUUCAUUACGCAGCACCUGAAUUAUUUAGGCAUUAUCUUUAUACAUUUUCUGCUGAUGUUUGGUCAUUGGGAAUUUUGUUAUUUAAAUGUUUUACAUCUCAAUACCCUUUUGAGUCAACAGGAAAAGAAGAAUUAGUUAAAGCAAUCUUACGAGGAAAAGUUGAGUUUCCUUUAUCAUUGCCUUCAUUAUUUAUAAAAAUGGAAAGAAGUUUAUUAAAUCCAAAUGUUGAUAACCGUCUUUCUCCAAAAGAAACAUUAAAAAUACUUUUCCAAUCUCAAGAUUGA